AUGGCAGCGGGCAUGGCGGAGGGCGACGCGCUCAUGGAGGAGCUGGUGGACCACGGCCUGGGGAUGGAGGAGACGGACCACGGCCUGCUGAGGAGGCCCUCGCUGAAGGAGAGCUACCACAGCGACUCCCUGCUGGCGCCCGACACCGACUUCAUGACAGAUGACCGCAGCUCGGCGGCCAGCGGCCUGGACGUGGCCGACAGGCUGACCUACCUCGAGCAGAGGAUGCAGAUGCAGGAGGACGAAAUCCAGCUGCUGAAGCUGGCUCUGGCCGACGUGCUGAAGAGGCUCAACAUCUCGGAGGAGCACCAGGCAGCUGCUGCGGCCAGCGCCGCCGGUGGCAGGAGGGCCGGAACACCUGGGGCUAAACCCAGACCAGUGUCUCUGGCUCUGCCCUCCAGACCGCCCGUGGUGACCUCCAGCGCCGCCUCCCUGAAGAAGAGCUCCACGGUGCCCUCCAGCUCCACGUCCAGAAACUACAGCCCCACGCCUCCUAAAAGCGGUGUGAAGAGCCCGCCGGGCAGUGUGAAGGACAGUCCAUGCAAGGCCCCUAAAUCACGCCUCACGUCUGCGAGCCCGGCCAGUAAAAAACCCCAGGAAGGCAGCAAAUCCAAGGAGGCUGCAGUGAGCGUAGGUACACGACGUGUGACACACUGCAAAGUGACUAUGCAGAUCUAUCUGAGCCCCCUCGCAAGAAAGACUGGAUCUUCUGAUGCCGCCAAGUCCACGUCCACGGUGCCUGCGAACAACGCCGCCGCCGCCGCACCUCACCAUCCUCAGGGGAAGGCGUCCAGCAAGCCGGAGACGAGGAAGAAAACCACCCCGUCCUUCACUUUGAACCUACAGAAAACCACCACCAGCAGCCAGACCGCCGUGCAGGACACUUCCACCUACAAGAGCCCCACCAAGUCCCCCAGCCAGUACUUCCAGAUCUGUUACUGA